AUGUCUAAAGCAACAAGUAACUCGGAGGAUAAGUCUGAUUCCUUGUUAGUACCACCUUCGAUUAGUUUAAGACGAUCUUCUAGAACGACUAAAGGAAAACAUUCACGUUUUGAGCGUGAAGAGGAACUUUUGAAUGCUGCUGAACAAUCUACCCCAGACAAACGCCACAAUACUGAGCCCAAGAUAUCAAAAGAAAUUUCUAGGUCAAACACUGGACUAAGUAAGGAAGAAGAAGAACAAAACAUAGAUUAUGACACAAUAGAUAAAGAAAGUAAAAGUGGAGCGGGGCAAGCUGAUGCAAAUCACGAAACAAGCAAUUCCUCCAAAAAGAAAAAGUCGAAUUCUAAUAAAGGAAGCGGGCGCGUGCGAACAAGCAGAGCCAAAGGUAAUGUCUCUCAAGUUUCUAAAGAAAUUGAGGAACAAGACGGGGAAGAUAAAGAAAACAAUGGUAGUGAUGGUAUUGUUUCAUGUAUUUGUGGAGCCUCUGAGGAUGAUGGUGAACUUAUGGCUGAAUGUGAAAAGUGUUUAAAAUGGCAGCACAGUUCCUGCAUGUUAGAGAUUGAUGAUGCUGAAAAACUUCCGGAUCAUUACUUUUGUCAUGAUUGCAGACCCGAUUUGUAUCCAAAUAUCGAGAUACUAACAAAAAAUGCAAUCGAUAAUGCAAAAAAACCUCAGCGUCGACGUCGCAAAAGUAGCACCAAGAAGACUGUUGCAGCAGUUAACAAAUCUUCGCAAUCACCACCUCUUCAUUCGCCUACAGAUUCUUCUCAGCAACACAUUUCUAGUAAAUCCGGAAAAUUAACUACUGGAACGGCACCUGUCAAACCCGAAUUAAAACCAACCCGAGUUUCAGCUAGAUUAUCAACAAAAAAACGAAGGUUAGAAACUGAAGUGGAGGUAGAAAAGGAGAACCUGUCUUCACAAAUUGAAAGCAAAUUGAAAACAUCAGAAAUGUCGUUAGACUUGGAAACCUCAAAGAUAAAUGAGCCAGAUGCAACCCAUCUUCUAAAUUCUAGAGAAUCAAAUGAAGAUCAGCAGGAUUCAGAGCAAUCCAUAGAUAGCUUUGAUGACAAAAAUUCUAAAAGACCAAACAAAAAACACCGUGCUAAUGGGCAUGAUCACCCUUCUGGUACGGACACUUUAAGAAAUUCAGCCCGGAAGACUGCUGUUGAAGCUCUUCGAAAUAUCCUUUGUAAAUCAACGAUUCCCAAAACAGUUGAAAAAACAACUUUUGAAAUAAAAUUACCUGAAACGAUAGAAACCUUAGCAGAAAGUUUAAGCGUAGCUCUUGAAGAAGCAUUAUAUCAAGAAUUUGCUGAUAAAGAUGAUACUAGUUCCGAUGUUGGCCACAGAUACCGUUCAAAUUUUAGGAUUAUCACUUCAAUACUUAAAGAUGAUGCGAAUAGCGACCUCCAUAGACGGCUGGUGACAAACGAAGUUAAAGCAAAGGAAUUUGUCACAAUGGAACAAGAAGACCGCAUGAACCCUACUUUAAAAAAAUUUGCCGAAUCAGUGCGUGCUGAAAGUACUCGAAAUGCAAUUCUUAAAGUCGAUGAUGGCCCACGGAUACGCCGAACUCAUAAGGGCGAGGAAUAUAUCACUGAUGAUCAAAAUACAAACAACAAUUUUUCUGAUAACCAGUUGCCAACAACCAGUGAGCUUAUAACUAGUUCCAAAGUUGAUUACACAGGAGGGUCUAAGGAUGCAGUUCUUGCUAGGAAAGAAUCUGAGUCUCUUGAUAAAAACAACCAAAACAAUGAGCCUGUCUCAGCUAAUAAGAAUGGGUUAUGGGGAAAUGGUGAAAGCAUUGCAAUAUCUACAAGCAAUAUGGAUAUUGCAUCAGCACCUGAUGAACUUUUAGAAAAUGAAACUAAUAUUGAUGUAGAUGAGGAGUAUCUUGCAUCUUCAACAUGCAAUUUUUGGUCUGGAUCAAUUUUCAUGGACAUCAUCACAGAGUUUCCAGUAAAGGCAAUUCAUCUAUGUGGGCCUCCUGGUUUUGAUCCUAAUAGAUCUUGGCCAACAAUAAUGAACAUGGAUCCUUUGUUAUUGGUCGAGGGUAGACUCCCUAGUGAUCGUGCCGCUUCAUAUUUACAAGAGGUAGGCAAAUCUAAAGAUAUCAUUUCGAUGAUCAUUCGUACCAAUGAAAAUGGAAUUUCUCCGAACCAACCUCAUGGUGAAAGACCAAUGUUUAAAGCUCUUUUUGACUAUUUUUUCACACGCAAGAAAUUUGGCGUUUUUAAAAAGGACAAACCUAUUGUCAAGGAUUCAUAUCUAAUUCCUAUUGAAGAUGGCCAAGAAAUCCCAGAUUACUUGUUUCUUUCCGAUGAAGCCCGAAACCUCCUUGAAAAUUUUCUUCAUAAAGACAAAAGAGUGAUUCUUGGCGUAUUUGUAUCUCGACCUCAAGUACAGAGUGCUCAAGUACAGAGCGCUCAAUCACAAUACUCUCCUAUUAGUUUAGAUAAAUCGGUUGGGUUUGGUAAAACUAACACUAAGAGUUUGGCUUUGACUGGAGCUCUGGCGGCAGCUCUUGCUGCAACUAGUAGUAGCACACCUGAGCCUACAUCAAAUGCUAAUACAACUACAACCACUCUUCAAGACUGGGGAUUUAGUAAUUCGGAUUUUGCAAUGAUUCAAAAACUAGCAGGGGAAACCAACCAAAUUAAACCAACGUUAAACAUACACAAGAUUGUGGUAGGUAUGCCUGUGUAUGACCGCGUGUUUUCCAACACUGAUGGUCUCGGGUUCACGUUCAACGGGGAGGGCGAGGACUCACGGGAAGCCGGAUCUUGGGAAUACAAAGUACUGUCAUUGGCUAGGGUCUCGGAGCACACAGAUAUACCGCGUGGCGGCCUAUUGCUACAAUGCGACGGCACGGACGCUUGUGACUUAAGAUCUUCUAAAACACAAGCACCAAAACUCAACAAUCUUAAUCCAGCAGCUUAUCAAGUUCGAUAUGAAAAAAAUCAAAAAAAGAAAACAAAUGACAGUAACGAACAGCUUUUCAAGAACAUUACAUUAUCGGGAGGUACACGCAUUGCAGCUGAUAGUAUUGACAUUUAUCCUCUAAUACCAAAAGCCAUGACUCGGCGAGAACAACUCACUUUUAAUCAAAAGAUAUACUACAAGAUCAGUGGUUUCUUAAUUAAACAACCAGAGAUCGAAGCUUUUAUGUACUGCAACUGGGGGAUGUCACUUUUUAUUACGGCGUAUUAUCUGAUUACUCUAGGAUUUAUAUUUUAUGAAGUGCAGAUAAGGUACCCUGUUAUUUUAGCAUUUCGACUAGGUCUUAUUUCAGCUGCCAAUCUGCCUUUGCUAUAUGUUUUUGGAACCAAACACUCUCCGAUUUCAUGGAUGAUUGGCUGGUCAUACGAACAGUUAAAUAUGUUUCACCAACAUAUUGGCAAUGUCUGCAUCAAAACUUUUAUUGCCCAUACCAUUAUAUUUUUAUAUUAUUUUCGGUUAGAAUAUCUUUUCACACAUCUCUGGUCAGCUACUGGUAUAGUUGCAGGAUUCUGCUUUUUUAUAAUACUUUUAAGCGCUCAUCCAGUUAUUAAAGAAAAACUUUACGAAUUUUUUUAUAUUGUUCAUCUUUUUGGUUUGAUUGUUUGCUUACCUGCCCUUUGGUAUCAUCAUCCUACUACUCGUCCUUUUGUUGCUUUAGCUAUUUUUUCAAUAAUUUAUGAUCGAGUAAUUCGCGUCAUAAAAGAUUACCGAUUGGUAUAUAGCACUGUGGAAGUUAAACCAGGUGACACAGUUGUUAUCAAAAUCCCUACUAGAAAGAACAAUAAUUUUGAUACUAAAAUUCCCUUUGGAUUUCUGGGUCGUUUGCUGUCAAGUAGACCGCUUAUUCCUUGGAAGCCAGGGCAACAUGUAUUUAUUACUGUUGUCGGGUGCAAAUUAUUUGAAUCACAUCCCUUUACAAUCGCAUCAAAUUAUGAAUCAAGUACUACGAUGGACCUUGUAAUUCGAGCACGUAAUGGGUUUACUCGUUGUCUAUUAGAGAAAACAAAAAACACUGGAAUUUGUGAACGAUGGGUUAUUAUUCAUGGUCCUUAUGGAACUCCGAUAGAAGAUCGACCGCUUUCGGUCGUUACCGUUGAGAAAGGUGCCGGUAUUAGCUCUGACAGUGAAUUACCCAACUACUACGACAAUGAAAAUUAUGACGUCGUUAAAAAUUCAGUUGUUGUCAACUAUCAAUCUAUCAACCACCUGUCAUCGUCAUCAUCAAGAGAAAGCAUAUCGUCACUCCUGCCGGCAGAAAUUGAGACAAAGUUUGAACCAUCACGUUCUAAGAUCAUUCUUGUAGCCGGAGGGUCGGGGGUUGCAUUUACUUAUCCGCUAUAUGAAGAAUAUCGGAUGGCACUUGAAUAUGCUGAAGCUAUUCGCUCUGGAAGAGAGAAUCAUGAAAUUAAUGACGAAGAAGCCGAUGCAUAUAGUCUGGGUUCAAUUGAAGGUUGCAAAAUCACUUCAAUUGAUGUUCCAGAAGUUUGGUUUUUCUGGAUUAUUCCUAACCGCGGAUAUCUUGAAUGGCUUCCAGAAUCAUUUUCUCGGCAACUGGAAUCACUAGAACAAAAUGAUACAUCAGUGCAUAUUCGUCUUUGGGUGACAUCUGAAAGAGGUGGACGCCCAGACAUUGAUAAGGAAAUUAGAACAAUGUUUUUUGACGGAGAAGAAGAACCCAUGGGUGUUAAAAGAAGAGAAAAGUGUUACGACUCAUGCUGGAUUGGUGUAUGUGGACCUUCUGAGCUUGUUAAACAAAUUAGAAAUGCAGGUGGCAAGUUGAGACAAGAAGGAUAUGACGAAGUGAAGGUAUACACCGAAGUAUUUGCAUGGUAG